AUGAGUGGUAUGCAGGUUGAGGCAAUGGUGCAGUGUCUGUAUUCUCCGUUUGUUUAUGCUGAGGAAUUUGUUCGAUGCACGUGCAGGAGAGGUGAUGAUGUGCCCUUGAAUGCCACCCAAUCCAGUAAGAAAGUGCGAAUCGAAUUCCAAUUUCUAUGUUCCAAAACAAGCAUUCUCCGCAGACGCAACGAAGAUUUAUUCUAUUUCUCGAUCACGUUAAAAGUUGGUCUUAUCGCAAUGUCAAUUGUCAAAUGUCAAAUUUCAAAUCGCAAUGUUACGUCCACUUGCGUUCCUCUAGACUGA